ACACCCCGGCCCCGCCCCCAAGGAUAUGCCCUCUGGCUGCCAAAGGGAAGCGUGACAGAGUCAGCUGGGCUCAGCUUCAAGGGGACCAGGGACACAGCUGCUGUGACAAACUAGGAGACAAUUAGGGUCUGGGCAUCUUCUCAUAUUGGAGAGUGUUGGUAGGCUUCUACCCUCUUCAGCUAGCCAAGCUCUGAAAGACAGAGUCAGCCACAGAACGAGAACGACCCAAACCACUGCCUGCUACCCACCACUCCCCUGGCUGGACCAAGGGAGCUCAGGGGGACCAUGGCCAGUACAGAAUCCUUGCUGCUCACAACUCCAGGUCCCAGCUCAGACUCUGGCAACAUUGAGGUGGAGCUGAACUGCCAGUUUGAUGAGGAAUUCAAGUUCAUCCUGCUGCCUGUGAGCUAUGCAGUUGUCUUUGUGCUGGGUCUAGGCCUCAAUGCCCCGACCCUCUGGCUCUUCGUCUUUCACCUCCGACCCUGGGAUGCGACAGCGACCUACAUGUUCCACUUGGCCUUGUCAGACACUUUGUAUGUGCUGUCGCUGCCCACCCUCAUCUACUAUUAUGCGGCCCGCAACCACUGGCCCUUCAGCACUGAGCUCUGCAAGUUCGUCCGCUUCCUCUUCUACUGGAACCUCUACUGCAGCGUCCUUUUCCUCACCUGCAUCAGUGUGCACCGCUACCUGGGCAUCUGCCACCCACUGCGGGCCCUGCGCUGGGGCCGCCCUCGCCUUGCCAGCCUUCUUUGCCUGGCUGUUUGGUUGGUUGUUGCCGGCUGCCUUGUGCCCAACCUGUUCUUUGUCACAACCAGCGUCAAUGGAGACACCAUCCUGUGCCAUGACACCACUCGGCCUGAGCAUUUUCACCACUAUGUCUACUUCAGCUCAGUAGUCAUGGGGCUGCUCUUCGGUGUGCCCUGCCUGGUCACUCUUGUCUGCUAUGGGCUCAUGGCCCGGCGCCUGUAUCGGCCUUUGCCAGGGGCUGCCCAGUCGUCCUCUCGUCUGCGUACUCUCCGCACCAUUGCAGUGGUGCUGACUGUCUUCGCUGUCUGCUUCGUGCCUUUCCACAUCACCCGCACCAUUUAUUACAUGGCGAGGUUGGUGGACGCUGAUUGCCGGGUGCUGAACAUUGUCAACGUGGUCUACAAAGUGACCCGGCCUCUGGCCAGUGCCAAUAGCUGCCUGGAUCCUGUGCUCUACCUGCUCACUGGAGACAAGUACCGAAGGCAGCUUGGGAUGCUCUGCAGCGGUGGCACCCCACGGCCCCCCAAGGCUUCCUCCUCCCUGGCGUUGGUGUCUCUGCGUGAGGAUAGCAGCUGCAGGUGGACAGCCACCCCCCAGGACAGUAGCUGCCCUACCCCUAGGGAAGAUAGAUUGUAACACUGGAAGCCUGGAAGGGAGAGAAGAGGCGGUGAGUGCAGGGCAGGGGUCCCUAAUGGUCAUACCUUAUAUACCUGCUUCCUCCUCUUUCCAGGCUCUGGUAAGAGACCCUCCCCCUGAGGGUUAGAGGCAGCCAAGAAAAUCAUGAGUUACCCCAUCUUUCAUAAAUCCUUCAGGUGCCUCUACUUUUUAGCCAAAGGCAGUAGGUAGCACCCACUCUUUCUCCUCUACUACUUCUUUCUUUUUGUUUCUGCCCCAUUCCUGGGACCAUUGGUCCUGUUUCUUAAUCCUACGAGGCUUCCUGGAAAGCUUCCCCAGGCCUCCUUCCCCCUCCUUUUCCUGCACAUCCUUGUAGAGCAUGAGUUCUCCACCCAGACCAGAGCAUGCGCCUGGAGCAGUGGAGAAGCUGGGGUAAUCUCAGGACUGGCCUCACUCAUCUGAUGGAGACUGCCAGAAUCGGGAGGUGGGGGAACUGGCAUGUCACAAAUGCUAAGGAUGGGACAUAUGUGACAGCCACACCCACUUCCUGGUUUCCCCCUUGAAGGCAGGAUAGCCUGACCUACUGAGAUGCUGAAAUAGGGCACAGUCCCAGAAAGUCCACAUGCCACGGCCCCCACAUGCAGCUGGAGACAUGGCUGUGUUGACCUGGUGUGUAGCCACUACAUAGAGAGGGAACCCCAAGUCUCACCAUGGCUUGGGGAUUCUGAAGAGCCUCGGGGACAGGGUGUAAGCUGAUAAGGGCCUUUGGAACAGGAAUGGGACUGCCCCUCCUUUGUGAUGUUUGCUCAGAGCAUAUUGACAGUUCUGCUGUAUGUAAUGAAAGGAACAGUGAAUGGUUCAGAGUGAAUGAAAGGGAGGAGCUUUCACAUGCUGGAUGUAAGUUCCAGCAUCAAGGGGUAGAGCAGGUUUGUACAGAGGUAGUAGGUGGUGACAGGGAUCAGUGCCAGAGCUGGCUCUUCACUGGUCUCUCCCUUUUCUCUAGCUCCUGCCCUACAUAAAGAACAAAUCUGUCGCCGGCUCUUUCAGAACAGGCUUUAGGGUGUUGAGGCUAGAGCAGGGCACUGGGACUGGGAUAGGCCCCCUCUGAGUCUCCCAUCGAGCCACCCACCCCCUCUCAGCUCCAUCUUAGUUCUUACAGGCUUCUGGCUAUGGGGUGUUGUGUGGAACUUGGGGCACUAACUCCCAAGCCUUGGGAAGUAAGAGUUUCUGGGCAGGCCUUUGUGACAAGAGUGGGCUCACUCUUCUAGGCACCCCCUUUCUGAAAUCACCUUCCAGCCCAUUGGCCUCUGGAGUCUUCAGCCUUCCUUUUGUUUUACCCUACCCUUGCUGGCCUGUCUCUGAUCUCUUAGUUGUCUAUUGGUUCACUAGGCCUUACUAAGUCUCUCUGGAGAGUAAGGUUGGGACCGGUGUGCAGGGAGGAAAAAUGAGUUCCAUUUCUGAGUCCCCCUUUAGAUUCUUUUAGUGUGCCCUCUUUCCCCCGCCCCUGCCAGAUAUCCAAGACCUGCUUGCUCCCCAGGGACCCCUUCCUUUUGGAGUAAAUGAACUGGCCUUCUUAGUAGCUUCCCAGUCUCAUGGCCACUGCCUAAACACACCCUGUCCUUAUCUGCAACUCACUGUCUUUUAUUCCUAUGACCACAGCCUCCUUGCCUAUCAUCUCUCCUACCCACAAGUGCCACCUAGGAAAGCUGCUCUCUCCAUCACAACUGACCUGGCCUCCCAUAUACUUAAAUGAGACUAAUUGUCCAGACUUUGUGGUCUGCUACUUUAUGGCUGCCUUUGCUCUCACCCUAACUUUAGUUAAACACCUUGAUUUUCCCCUUGAGCCCAUCUUCUCCACUCUAGACUGGAGGGGACUUCAGAUGAAGCCAGAAAACAAGGAUGGCUUGACCCACUGACAUUUCUUGUCUUGGGAUUUCAUCUAAGCCCCCAUCCCUCUAAGCCUACUGAAUUCCUAGUGAACAUUCCAGAGUGACUGCCCUGAUUUCAU